AUGCGCUCGUUCCUUGGUCAGGGCAAGACCAUCCAGGUCGGUUUGACGGUAUGCUUCUUGAUGGCCUUUGUGCUGUUUGGCUAUGACCAGGGGUUGGACCAGUUCAACCAUCCUUCCGAUACGAAGACCGGUAUCAUCGUUAGCUGCUAUAACCUCGGAUGUUUUGCCGGGUGUCUCGGUACAUUGAAUAUCCUAUGGAGCCGCCUUAGGCUCAUACGGGCGAUCCUAGUACUUACUCUUCUAUUUAACUACGUGGUUGGGGAAAAGCUUGGGAGACGCAGAACUAUAUGGCUAGCCAUGGUCUUCGUAAUUGUCGGAGCUACACUUCAAACUUCAGCUUUUACAGUACCUCACCUUGUGGUAGGCAGAAUAAUAACAGGCGUGGGUACUGGAAUCAAAACUUCGACUGUGCCCAUGUACCAAUCUGAACUUUGUGAUCAGCGAUCUCGUGGUCGUCUUGUCUCGGCGGAAGUUCUGUUUGUCGGUGUCGGUAUCGUGAUUGCAUACUGGUUCGACUUCGGUAUGUCAUAUGUGGGAGGCACCAUUGCCUGGCGCCUACCCAUUGCGGCACAAAUCGUCUUCGCUCUCAUCGUGGUGAUCUUAGUCAUGGGACUCCCGGAAUCACCGCGAUGGCUAUAUAAACACGGGAAACACGAAGAAGCGAUGGAUGUCCUUUGCAGAGUAUAUGACAAAGAGUCUUCGGAUGCUUACAUUCUAGCAGAACGGGACGCUAUUAAUUCCGCUCUCGAACUGGAGUCGGGAAGCGCAGAAGCCAAAAGUCUUCUAAGCUUAUUCAGAACGGACCGUGUGAAAACAAGAUACCGAGUCAUCCUUGCCUGGUGGGUCAUGUUUAUGAACCAGGCGGGCGGGAUCAAUCUGGUUGUUUAUUAUGCGCCAUCGGCUCUUGUUCAAAAUGUGGGCAUGUCAGCGAGACUGGCUCAAAUCCUUGCCGGGUUUAUCAAUCUAAUGUUUGCGCUCGGAUCAAUCGUACCCACACUUGCUCUUGACCGUAUGGGGAGGCGAAGAACAAUGAUGUGGGGCUGCACCGGCCUGUCCAUCUCCAUGCUUAUGAUUGCUGUUCUCCUAUCUCGCUCUCACAGCCCCAAUGGGCAAGCUUGCGCUGUGGGUGCCAUCUCGUUCUUUUUUGUCUACAUGUUUAUCUUUGACAUGACUGCCAACUGCGUCCCGUGGGUCUAUGUCCCCGAGAUCUUACCUUUGCAAGCACGCACCCAUGGCUCAGCGAUCGGCGUUAGUUCAAAUUGGCUGUGGAACUUCACAGUUGUUAUGAUCACUCCUGUUCUCAUCAACCGGCUACACUGGAAAGCAUACGUCGUCUUUAUGGCCACCAAUGCGGCUUUUGUGCCUGCAUUUUACUUUUUCUUCCCGGAAACCAGCAAUUUGCGACUGGAGGAAAUUGACAUUAUUUUCACGCGUCCUGGUAACCCGGUGCGGAACGCUCGGGACAUGGCGAAGGAGAUGAAGCUGUUUGGCCAUAUCUCUGAGGAUACAGCUGGCGAGUUCGAACCCGCCCCAAUGAUAGAGAAGCAUGAAAGCGACGAGCUAUGUGAACAUGCCUAG